AUGAAGGAAGCCGAGCAGCGUCAAAUAGCCCACAUGGAAGCGAGUAUUCGCGAGAUCAUGAAGAUCGGCGAGAAGACCAAUGACGAUAAUAAGCUUCGCCGGGCCCAAUCUCAACAAAAGAAGGCCGAGGAUCGGAUAGGUACUCAAUGGUCGAUUCAAGAUCUGGCUGGAUUUCACCUGCCCAGUCGAGCCGAAAUCGAGGUGCCGCAGGAUGAGAAGGGCGCGACAAUUAGUCCGCCCCAGGCGACUGGCCUUCGGUUCCCUGGCCCGCUGGUGUCACUGGAAGGGAUCACCUUUCAGUAUAGGAAAAAUGAUCGGGUUGUUCUGGAUGACAUUACUCUGGUCGUCCACCUCGGUGACCGUGAUGGCAUCAUGGGUCUCAAUGGGUCUGGAAAGACUACUCUGAUCCGUGUCUUGGCGGGAAAUAAUCUCCCAUCUAAGGGCAAAGUCACCACCCACCCGCGACCGAAAGUGGGCUACUAUGGCCAACACUCGGUCGAAGAGUUGCAGGAGCGUGGCAAGGGCGAACCCGCUCUAACUGCUCUGGGAUUAUUGAUGGCUGAGUCGGAUGGGUCACUCAAAGAAGGUUCUGUUCGAGCACUGCUUUCAUCCAUGGGCCUAACAGGGCGGAUUGCUUCUGACGUCCCCGUCGCAGAGCUGUCCGGUGGGCACCUGGUUCGGCUAGCUCUGGCCCGAACUGUCCGGAUCGCACCGUAG